AUGGAUAUCCUCUGGAGCUGCACAAGCACCAUUUUCUUGUGCUGCUGGUCGAUGCUCUGCCUCAACGUACCAGGUCCUCGCGACACAAAUGGGACAAAAUUGCGACGUAAAGCAAUGAUCUUCAUUCUGACUCUAUUCACACCAGAGGUCGUUACAAUGACCGCUAGUGGCCAAUACUUCGCUGCAAGACAAUCUGUCAAGGACUUUAAGGCCGCUAAUAUUAGUGAUUGGUCGCCUCAGCAUGCCUUUUUCGCAGAAAUGGGCGGCUUUGUUUUACAAACACGCGACUGGGUUCCCUUUCCUAUAUCCGCAAAACAACUCCUCUGGUUAAUUCAACACGAAUACGUCGCGAUUCCUUCGGCUCUGACUGGGCGGAUCUUAGAUCGGAACAAAGUCGAUAAUUUAACCCGAUUUCUAAUGGUUACCCAAACUGUCUGGUUUCUAGCCAAUUUUUUUACACGAAUUGCCCAAAACCUCAGUCCAACAGCCCUUGAAUUAACUACUGUGGCAUUCAUAUACGCAAGCUUGCCGACCAUGUUCUUUUGGUGGCACAAACCCGCCGAUGUGAGCGUAUCCGAAAUUCUCACCACCAAUGCAAGCAUAGCAGAAAUACUGUUGACUGGGGGUGAGGCUGCACGCGAACCGUAUGGUAAUACUCCAUUGGACUUCCUUGACCGCAGGGAAUGGUUCUGGAUGAUAUAUUGGGCUCAUUUUAGAACUGCAGUUCGAGGACUUGGCAUACCUGCUGGAACUCGCGUACGCCCAAUUGAUCGAUUUUCGAACUUCAGUAGCCCUGAGCCUCCAACUUGGUUUUUCGGCCUAGGUGCUAUUUACUACUUUGGGUUUUGUGCUAUAUUUGUUGCAGGUUGGCACCUGAGCCUACCAUCGCAAAGAGAACAGCUCUUGUGGAGAGUAGCGUCUUUGACUGCUCUUGGGACUUUAGUUGGUUGUUUUAUUGUAACCGAAAUAACAUUCAGAAUCUGGCCUUAUCUCCAGUAUAGCCUAGGGACUCGAAAGGACCAAGGUAUUCUGGAAAUGGAUCAGAGCCUCAGCCUGAUCCCUUUUGACAGACGUAAAGAUGAAUCUGGAAUAAGUGAAGGACUACGGCCAAGGCCAAGGCCUCGCACGAUCUGGGACUGGAUAAGGAAUAAUACUACCAGUCAGAAUCCUCGGCUUUCUCUUCCUCUUCUUACAGCUAUACUGCUACAGCUUCUUUGCUUUACGCAUCUCUUAGCGCGAUUCUACAUAGUUGUAGAAGACUUUGUAGCUAUGCGUUCUCUACCGUUAAGCUGCUAUAAGACUACUGUAUGGCAGCAGUUUAUUCCUCAUCUCGGACAGUAA